AUGAGUCUUGAAGCCUUGUCAUCAAAGAAAACUACAAAACUCAUGAAACCAUCCGUUUCUCUAAACACAACCGGUAGCUCAAAAACCAACAGGCUUGUCACCGGCAAAACACACAAAGAUCGCCAUAUAAGGGUGGAAGGUAGAGACAGGCGUAUCCGUUUGCCCGCUCUGUGUGCCGCGCGGAUCUUUCAGCUGACUCGCGAACUGGGUUACAAGACUGACGGUGAGACCAUUGCAUGGCUCUUACGGAAAGCUGAGCCAUCCAUCACGGCGGCCACUGGAAAAGGUGUUAAUAAUAAUAAUAAUAAUAAUCCUCCUGUUCCUGUAAAUGUCCCGAAUUCACCUAUGCUUUUGGCUUUGACUGCGCCUUCUUUGAGUUUUUCUGAGGCCAAACUCCUCCCUGAACAGAAGCAAGGAAUGUUGAAGAAUAUUUCUGUGGGUUCAAGUUCCAUGGCUGUUAAUGAUAUUGCUGAACCUGCACUGUCAACUUAUGAGUUUGACAUCUUGCCGAAUUUUGAUAUGGCGUUUACUGUGAACGAGAUGUCCUUGUUUGAAAAAGUGCAUUUGCCAGAUAAUGACGAAAACCAGGAGGAUUUACCGGAGUAA